GAUAAACAGAGAAGAGAGAGAGAGAGAGAGAGAGUCAGCUGAGAGGAGAGGCGGAGACGUGGCGCAUUUCACUCAAUAAUUAGAAGAAGAAAGGAGGAAAAUAAAGCGCCUACCAUUACGGAGAGGACAAAAUACGGCAGGAGGAGUGGAAAGCCUCCAAAUGGCAUUGAAUAAAAGGAGUGCAGUGUGUUGUAAGAGAGGAAUGGAGUGAGGGAGCAGAAAAGUAUCACCUCCGUCUGUCCACCAUUGCUGCCACCGCUGCCACCGCCACCAAGGAACCACCAUGGUUGUAAGCCGGAGCUUCAUUCUAACCUUAGGGACGGGAAUGUUCUGCGGUUUCCUAUCCUUCUAUCUUCUAAACAGCACAGUAACAGUCCACCCUCGGUAUAUAGAGGGCAUUAGCCCACCACAAAGCAUUUACAGCCACCCACACACCCAUGAAGACCUGGAGAAUGCUGCCGGGCCAGAGGGAAAUGUGGCCAUGCAUUCACACUCUGAGCCUCACCAUGCAGGAGAGGAUCUUGAGGCGGAGCAGCUCAAGGCCAAGGUACGAGUGUUGUGCUGGGUGAUGACCAACCCAAAGAAUCAUGAGAAGAAGGCCAGACACAUCAAGGCCACCUGGGCAAGACGCUGCAAUAAACUAGUCUUCAUUAGCAGUGUGGAAGAUAAAGAGCUGGGAACUGUGGCCGUCAAUGUAGGGGAAGGGAGGAACCACCUGUGGGAGAAGACCAAAGCUGCAUUCUCUUAUGUGUACACCAACCACUACAACGAUGCUGACUGGUUCCUCAAGGCUGAUGAUGAUACGUAUGUUAUAGUGGAGAACCUGCGCUACAUGCUGAGUCCCUACGACGCCAGCCAUCCCCUGUGGUUCGGGUGUCGCUUCAAGAAGUACGUGAAGCAAGGAUACAUGAGUGGAGGCGCUGGUUAUGUGUUGAGUCGGGAAGCACUCAGAAGGUUUGUGGAGCAAGGAAUACCCAACCCCAAGAAGUGCAGGCAAGACCAUGCAGGAUCUGAGGAUGUAGAAAUUGGUAAGUGCAUGCAGAACAUCGGAGUGCAGGCUGGGGAUUCAAGGGACAGCAUGGGACGCGGCCGGUUCUUCCCAUUCAUUCCUGAACACCACCUUGUGCCAGGCCACAUUGGACCCAAGAACUGGUACUGGGAUUGGAUCUAUUACCCCUCCAAAGUUGGUCUGGAAUGCUGCUCAGACACGGCCAUCUCCUUCCAUUAUGUGCUACCCAACAAAAUGUAUGAGCUGGAGUACCUGCUGUACCAUCUGCGUCCUUACGGCAUCAACCACCGCGACCCCUUCCCUCCCCCACUGCCCCCAGACCUCACCAGCAUCCCCCAGGAGGUGAUAGAGAAGUACACAAGGAACACCACACCAGCCAGUCCAAGUGAGACAGAGGAGAAGACACAGACUGAGAAAGAGACAGUGAGAGAGGCAGCAACAGAUGGCCAGGACCAGGAACCAUUGAAAGCCUCCACAGUGAUAGCAGCAGCAGACGUCAGGCCAAAACUAGUGUAGCAUUGGUGAGUCAUCAUAGAGGAUUAUUUUUCCAGGUCUUUGAGGGAGGAAGAAAAAAGAAGAGAGAAGAGAGUGGCUCAUUAUAGUUACAUAGCUAAUUACCAAAUAUUUUAGUACAAGACGUUCAUUCAUUCAGUGUGUGUGUGUGUGUGUGUGUUUAUUGUUGGACUUGUAUCAGUUAUUGUGCUUCUCCUAUGCUCAUUGUCAGAAAUGUGGGAAUAGAACAAUAUGGUGCUAAGUUUGUGUGUGUGUGUGUGUGUGUGUGUGUGUGUGUGUGUGUGUGUGUGUGUGUGUUAUAUGCUGGGAUUGAAGAGCUUUCCCAUUACUGUGCCAUAAAGUUUAAUUAUGAACUGUUUCUAGUCACAAAGGAAAGCCAAAUCAAUGAAGUGAAGUGACAAACAAGAUGUGGUUUAAAGCAGUAUGAGAAUGUAGGAAUAUACUUUCAUAAGUUCAGUUUCUUCAUCUUUUCCAGCAAAACAUCUCCAAGGGAACAAUAAUAUAUUUUAAACUUCUUAUUUAGGUAUGGGUGCAACCUUAAUACCUCAUGGUGGAGCUUGAAAAAGUAUAACACUUUCUCAUACAAAUACAGAUGUCACCAGUAUUUCUGGCAUACUAUUUUUUGAAAAGUGGGAUAAAACUUUGUGUCUUAUUAACCAGCUUAGUUUAUCUUUAUUUCACUUUUCAGUUCAAGAAAUGGAAAAUCUCUCAAACUUGAGAACAUGUGUGUAAAACCUGUAAGAUUUUGUCCACUAGUAUUGUACACUUCAGUGAUAACCAUUCCUUCCUUCCUUCCACAUGAUAUCAGACUAACAUACAUUAACGCAGUGCAAGAUAGGAAACAAUUUCACGAUGAAGAGGCAUGGUAAAUCAAUGUGUGUAUUUGGUCCUUGCUAUGUCUGAGCCAUCUUGUGUAGGUAUAUAGAUAGGUAAGGCACAGGUAGCUCAUAAUUAGAGGAGACUAGAAAUGUAUCUUAGUAACCAGGAGACCUUUACCAUUCAGUUUAGUUACCAAUGGGAGGUGUGAAAAACAUUUCUCAUCUUCUUCAGGCUCUAUUACAUUCACAAUUGCAGAUAUUUUUAAUCAUACAUUCCUGUUGCAUGUCAUUCCAAUAUCAGUCUCAGAAAGAGAGAGAGAGAGAGAGAGAAAGAGAGUUGAUGAAAGUGUCAGUCACAAUUCCCUUCAUUAUCUGGCUUAAUGGGACAUAACUAUUAUGUAUCAUUGGAAGGGAGUAGAUCUGUAUGUGAGAGUAUUGUGAAGACUGCUGAGUAUCUCACCUGUUUAGUUUUCAAAAUAAGACAACAGAUGGUAUGUGGGUGGGUGGGAUGGGACAGUGUGCAACUUUUCAAACAAAAUUGUAGAACAGGAAAAGGAAAUAUUUUUAUCAGAUAGCAGUCUCAUUUAAGGAAAUUUGUCUGUCAGAGCACUUGUGUGUGUGAGAGAGAGAGAGACUGGUGAGAUAUUUAGCAUAGUGUGUGUGUGUGUGUGUGUGUGAAGGUUUAAUGUAAGAUAUAUUUCAAGAUAGAUUUGUUUCAUGGUGUUUCUAUUAGUGUUUGUUUACUAUUGUAAACUGACUAUAGAUCUUGGGACAUUCCUAGCAUGAAGGUUUUAUAUAUCCGUGCCAAGCUUUGAGAGAUUUUCCUGAAUAUUCAGACAUUUGGUGCAAGUUUCAUGGCUCCAUUUUCUACUCAUGAUCAGUCAAAUAUGAUUCCUGGACUACAAAUGUGAACUGAUUUAAAAUUUAACAUUAUUAUUUAUUUUUAUUUUUAUUUUAUUUAUUUUAUUUUUUUUUCUCUCUCUUCCAUUGUGUGUGUGUGUCUGUGUGUGUGUCAUUGAGUCAGACUUGUAAUGUGCCCGUCUUUUUAAAAUAUCGUAUUGUCUCAGAUAUAUUUACAUGUGUGUUUGUGUGUGUGUGUGUGCACGCGAGUGUGUGUGGACACAUUCGCUUAGCAAUCUUGAAACAGCUUGAGCUUGGUUUGCCGGUCUGUGUAUUUGUAAGGUAACAAUAACCCAGUGCAUUUAGGUACCAAAGAAUAAUUCCUAUUAACAGGUUGAGUUACUCUUGUAUUUUUAAAGAGGCACAGUUUUCCACCAGUACUAUGUAGUAGAGUAGGCGAGGGAAGCAGCUGUGUGUUGGGGAGGAUUGUUUCUGGCCAGUAUUGAAGCAGGUACUCGGUGCAACGGACACCACCUCAGAUGAUUCCCUGGCACGUUGCUCUUCCUAUCCCUGUAUCCUUGAAGCUUAUCAUUGGUGAAUUUCAUGGCAGUUAUCAAUGGAGAUGUGAUAUUUUGUAAAACUUUUGUAUUUUUCAUAGAUGUAGCUAUGUAUGUACUAUUGAUUGUGUGUGGUUGUCAAGCACAGUGUGGAUAGUAUUGUCAUAUAGACUUGGAAUUUUUUUGUUUUGGGGCUCUUGUUAAGACAAUUCUCAAAGGCCAGUGAUGAUUGGUCAGGCUCUCAUGAGUAUUUUUUUUCUAUUGAUAGUGCAGAAUUCUUGUAAAUCUCUUUCUAGAAUCAAGUACUCCUGAGAUUCUCAAUAACUUCCAUUAGAGUCUGCUGAAAAUUUGUUGAGGUCUUGUCAUAACUAUUUUCAAAGGCCACACAUGAUUGGUGUCUUUCUCGCGAGUGUUUUGUCUAAGUUGAUAGUGCAGAAUUGCAGGUCAACUAUCUCACACCUAAGAGAACCUCAACAACUUCCACUAGAGCGUGCUGAAAGUUGGGAGAGACUAGAUGCUGAUAUGUUUGGGAAUGUGGAUGAGUGUGAUAUCUGUCGUUUUGGGGACUCAUGUACAGAGAAGUAAGACCCGUCAGAUCUGUAGAAAUUCCUCACUUCCUUUGAAUUGAAGUCCUUUAGUGCAAUUUACAUCCCCAUUCUUUGUUUCAGCAUCGUGUAUAAGAUGGCUUAUUUGUUCCUAGGUUGGGUUAUCUAUGUGAUCCUUCAUCCAGCAUUCCUCUCUUAAUAUGACAAGGAUGUGUUUGUUCAUUGUGUUACAUAUAUUCUAAUACAGCAAGCUCCAUUGAUGUGCAAGAUAGAAAAGAAGGGAAGAAACAACUUGAAAUUGUACGUUUUUAUUGUUCUCACAUGUAUGUUAUGUAUAGAAAAAUAAGAAAUUAGUUAAGAGGAUACACAACUCUAAAUCAUAACCAUGUUUUUAAAGGUAUUCCACAUUUGUUGUAUAAGGGUAACAAAGUUCUUUAAUGUCGAGUAAAAUGUGUUUUGUAUAGGAUAAUGAGAAGAGGUUCUUAGUAUUAUGGAUACAUUUACUUUUAGGAUACUGUUAACAAUAUGUCUCAUUGUAUGCUGAAUGUUGGAUCACAUAAUUGUAUAAUUAGGAAACAGAGCUUGCAGAGGUGAUCUAAUGAUUGCUAGCUUUAUAAGUAUAACAUACAGAGCUUGUAAAGAUGAUCUAAUUUUCAUUAUGUUUAUAAUUGUGACACAGGCAACUAACAGAGAUGUGAUAUUCAUAAAGCUGUACAACAAUACGGCAAAUGUGACCAGUAAGCUUAUAACUCUAUGACGGCUUAGUUUGUGAUGAUGAGAAGGGACUAGACUGGUGACCUGAGUCUCCUUUCGUGGGAUGCUCAACAUGCUUGGUGGGACCAACAUUGUAUUCAUGUGUGUGUGUGUGUGUGUGUGUGUGUGUGUGAGAGAGAGAGAGAGAGAGAGAGAGAGAGAGAGAUAAGACAAGGGUGACUGAUAAGUGAGUGGUCCCAGUAAAAGCAGGAUCUGGGUAUGGAGGGAUCAGAGAGGGGUGACAAGUGAGAGAUGCGAUUGCAGGUGUACCAAUGGUGGAGUUGCUCUGCCUUGUCCACCUCUUGUGCCACUCAACUCAUCUGAGUUUAGUCUUAAUGCAGCUAUUUUUUAAAUAUCUAUUAAGUUCUUUGCUGUUAUUAGUAUUAACAUGUGGUUUCUCAGUUGAAAUCAUAAUUAUGUACACAUUUUUAAGUCUAAAAAGCUCCCAAUUUCUAUGUACUAACAGCAGUGAACACAAUGAUGGUGAUUAAGGGAACACUAGUAAACAGCUGAGCAUGAGUCAGGAAGCAACACCACAGCCAGAACAGAGCACUCCAGAAUGCACUGCAUGGUGUGUGUGAGUAGUAUGUAGCCGUGAUUCCCGUCAAAGAAGGAGACUAUUGUAAAGUAGAAUUCGAUAGUGUGGCCCUUUUUUUUUUUUUUUUUUUUACAUCAAAAUAGUAUUGUGGCAUCUGUCUGUGAUAAUGUUGAUCAAUUUAGAAUAAAAGAGUCAUGUAUAAAUUGUUCUUAUUUAUUUCACACCAACACAGGCAAGACAGAAGGCUCUCCUGCAACAGCACUCUUCAGUACAGGUUAGCAAGGCAGCUCCUUACCUGAGGCAACAUAGAUGCUCUGAGAAGAGGCAAACAGGUGAGAAAACAAGCCUCAGUACGAACACCUCUGUGGUCUCAAAAGCAUGUGCAGGUAUUAUGCAGUCAUAUACGAGUUCAUUCAUUUUAGGUAGGUUGUUUACUUCUUUCUAAAUGGUGUACAACCUCAUACCAUUGAUUCACCAAUCAUUUUCUUGGUUACAACUUCACAUCAAUCACUCACUUAUCAUUGUUUCUUAUUAUAACCUCAUAUCAGUCAUUCACUAAUCAAUGUUCCUCUGUUCCAAACUCACAUCAGUCAAUUGCCAAUCAUUCUCUCUCUCUCUCUCUCUCUCUCUCUCUCUCUCUCUCUCUCUCUCUCUCUCUCUCUCUCUCUCUCUC